AUGACGUCAUCGUAUUCCAUCGUGUUCAAUCGUCCUCACCGAAAAACCGAACCUCGUACGGGUUGGGCUUCUGCGCAGUACUCGGUAGUACUGCUGGCAGCUGCUGCCAGUCGUGUUCUUUGCUUACUUGACGCGCUGCUCUGCGUUUCUGCAGAGUGCCGCGCGCAGGUACACUCUUCUCUCUUCGGGCAAUCGUACGCAAGUGCACGCCCUCUAGCCAACAACGCUAGUCGUCGGCACUCUGGCCGCACUAACGUCGUCAUCGAGCUCUCGUCUGUCCAUCCGGCCGUCCGUCCGUCCGUCCGUCUAUCGCACCUACGGGAUUCGCUUUCCGCUUAUCUAGAAUUUAUUACUCGUUUGUCGUUAAUCGAUAUCCAUGAUGUCCAUGCGACUUUAAAACAUCGUCUUCUCUGUUGA